CCGGCUGCCCACCAGGCAUCGUGCCUUGCCCGCCCCAUCUCUCCCGAGUCCCUCCUCGCCGUCAAGACGUCGUCCCUCCUGGAUCCGUCGCUUCUCCUUCCGCAUCGUGUUGCUUUCUCGAAUAAUACGAUGGGUCGCACCGUUGACCAAGAGGUCCACGCGGCUUUCGUCGAGUUUCGCGCCAAGGAGGAUGAUAAGUGUCUCUCCGUCCAAUGCAUAUACUGCCAGCAGAUCAGAGCAAAGAACACCAGUCGACAGAAGCAACAUCUCCUCGAGUGUCCUGCCCUUCGCGGCCAUAAUCCCCCCCAUGCCCAAUCUGCCCCUACCAAUGGCGUAGGCGCCGUCAAUGGCUACGGGGCGCCUCCGAACGGGCCUGCUGGUGGCCCUGGUGCUGGGUCAGCGACAGCCACCCUUCCCUCUGCCAGUAGCUCCAUGAUGGCCCAUGGAGUUAACCCUCAUAGCAGUGUCUCUGCAAACUCCUAUGCAAAAUCUCUCCAGCCGUCCGUUCUCUCCUUUCGCAAGCGACUUCCUCCCCCCCAGCGCGGUCCUCGGGCAGCUGCCCCUUAUUUUCGAUGCUUUCCGUAUUACCUAAAAGAAAAGGGGCGAUUAUCCUAUGAAUCUCGUUCCUCGUGA